AGAGAGACUGCCAAAGUGAACGUUGUUUGGAGAGUUGAGGAAAAAGAGACCAUGUCAUGGAAUGAAGAAAAGGUGGAGAGAUGUUUCUAAAUUGAAUAUGGAAGCUAUUGGUGUGGGAAAUAGGUGGUAUGAGUUGUGCCAAGACAGAGGAGACUGAUUCAAGCUUUGUUGUGAAGGUAUGGAGAGAGUGGCAGAGACCAGGCAGAGAAAUGUAGACAAGGAGACCUAACUAGACAUGAACGAUUUGUGGUCGUUAAUUUUUCACUGUUUUUAUUGCUUUGAUUCUGGGUAUACACUCAGAACACCGCUUGAUGUCGCUUGAAGUCGCAACAUGGGCGUCUUCAAGGUUCAAGUACAGUCCAUGCUAAUAUGAGUGAUGAUGUCAUGUGAUAGAUCACUUCCACCUCACUUCAGACUAUGGACGUUCCUUACUGCACCUUUACUGGAAACUCACUGGUGGAAUGUAGUUCUUGACAUUAUUCUCACUGCUAUGGCUGCUCAAAUGUUGGAGCCUUUAUGGACGUCUAAGGAGUUGUUGGUAUUUGUGACUAUUGUUGGUGUGGCGUCGUCCGUUCUUACGGCGUUUCUGUUCGUGUUGCUGUACAUUCCACUGAGAAGAGAUGUCUUUCUCUUUUCUAGUUUCCACGGCUUUAUGAGCGUUCUUGCGGGAUAUUCUGUGGCUUUCAAACAGAUCAUGCCCGAUCAUAAUGUCCUACCCACAUCAUCAUCAUCACUGAAGUCAUUCCAAUUAAAAUCCCAGAUGCUGCCGAUUGUAAUAGUUGCUAUUUCUACUGCUGCGAGUCUGUACGGAGUGACGUCUGUGGCGUUUGUGCCACUUGUUGGUUGGGGUAUCGUCGUGUCGUGGAUCUAUUUGAGAUUCUAUCAGAAACGGAGACAUUCGGACAGUAGGGGCGAUCACAGUGAUACGUUUGCAUUUGCGACUUUCUUUCCUGAGCCGCUUCAGCCUGCAGUCAACUCGAUGUCGAGUCCAGUGUACAACUUGCUGUCAAGAACAAAACUUUGUCCAAAGCGAACUCGGACGGUCGACAUCACUGCUCUCUCGUCAGUGACGAUUAAUCUCCCAGGGGUGGACAAGGCCGAUGCCGAGCGAAGGAAGCAAAAGGCUCUGAAGGCCCUCGAUGAACGACUGAGUCGGGCAGAACCUCAAGCGGACUGGCCUUCACUGGACAACGAAGCCUCACCCCAACCAAAGUGGUCAUCUCUGGACAAUGAGGCGGUUAACCCAGCUGACGUUGAUGCAGGCAAAUCAGGUCUACCUGUCACUGAGUUAACGCAGAAUAUGUUGAACAGUGUGGGGGAGACAGGAAGGGGAGUAGUCGACUCUAGUAGUAAACAGUCUGUACAUCAGGAUGCCUCCAGCAGCGGGCAAUAGGGCUGUCUGUCUGCCCAAACUAUUAAUUAGCAGUAGGCAAUUUGUACUCUGCCAAAUAGCAGAGAUAAUCAAUAGUAGAAAUGUA